CAAACAGCCGCUCCGGGCUUUUCCCGGACUUGGCAAGAUACGACGACGCCAUGGGACCCUUCCGACCGGCGGUCUUGGCGCUGCUUGUAGUUGGACUCAUGGCGGUCAGCGGGAUGCGCGUCGAGAUGGGCCCGCGCUAUGGGCUCGAUGGGGCAAAUGCCAAAGUGCCCAUGGCGGACGAGGCUCGGCGCCACAUCCUCGCUGGCGUUCAGCAAGACAAAGCCGAUUCGCUCUACCUCUGGGGGCUCAUGCACUACUACGGCCAUGGCGUCCAUGUGGACAUACAAACGGCCUUGCGCUACAUGCGCCUUGCCGCGCGCAAGCGGCAUCUCGAUGCGACCUUUACACUCGGCAUGCUCCAUCACGAUGGGCUCGUGGUACCGCAAGACGACGCACUGGCGUACGCCUAUCUGCAGCCCGCGGCCAGUGCCGGCCACGCCGACGCGCAGUGGCUCCUCGGCACACUUCUCAACCACGGACGUGGUGUUCCAGUCGACAUGGCCCGCGCGGCCGAGCUCUUCACGGCGUCGACGCAACAAGGCAAUCCCCGUGGGGCCUUCCAUCUGGGGACGAUGCACGAGUACGGCCGGUCCGUGGGUCGCAACUGGACGAAGGCAGCGUCGCUCUACUCGAUCGCCGCUGCCCACGACGUGCCCGAGGCCCUCUACUACCUUGGGCUACUGCAUGCCUACGGGCGCGGCGUCACGCUCGACCACGACCGCGCGUUCGAUCUCUUCCAAAAGGCGUCCAGCCUUGGCUACGCGCCGGCGACCUACUACCUCGGCGUCUUGCACGUGUCGGGCCCGCGCCCGAUCGACUACGACGCCGGCCUCCGGUACUUUGAAGCCGCGGCGCUGGCCAACGACGCGAGCAUCUCGACCAAGGCGCUGACGGCCGCGUCCGAGCUCAAGACGCUCUUGGCGUCCGUCGAGCAACGCCAGAAAGAUGCGUACGCGCACUACGUUCUUAAGGCCACGUGAAGGGUUAGCGACGCUUUGGC